AUGAGUGGUCAAGGUCCGUCAGUAGAUAAGGGGAUAAACACCAUCCUGGUGUGUCAGGAGAGCUACGCUUGCGGCGGAUCGGACGAGGCCGCGUUCGAAUGCGACGAGUGCGGAAGCCUGCAGUGCGUCCGCUGCGAGUUCGAGCUCCAUCGCCAGGAACGCAUGAGGGACCAUGACAGGGUCCGCAUCGCCUCCGGACACGUUCCAUUCUGUGACUCCUGUAAGAGGGACAACAGCGGCUGUGGGGUGAACGGGGGUAGGCUGAGGGCGGUGGUGCGCUGCCAGGGCUGUAAGAUUAACCUCUGUCCGGACUGCCAGAAGCGGACCCACAGCGGGGUGAAUAAGAGGAAGCACCCCGUGACCCCCUACCCUCCUCCGGUGAAAGCCCAGGAUAGUAGCCUGGAUGGAGGGGAGAUGGAGGCCCUCAAAGCCAAACUGGAGAAGGUGUGCAGUUUCUUACUGGUGGAUGAGAAGGAGGAGAUUCAGGUGAGUGAUGUAUUGUGUGCAUCCCAAAUGGCACCCUAUUCCCUAUAUAGUGUACUUAUUUUGACCAGGCCCCAUAGAGUCAUAAACAGCCCUCUAACCGUAGACACUAAUCACUAGGAACUUGUGUAGAUCUGAAAAGAUUGGAUGAUAGAUAUAAGCCAGUUUGCAAUGGACAGGCUAUCUGUAUGAAACGCCAAGGAGAAAUAUCUUAAAUAAUUAUCAUUCGAUUGGGAUUGCAGGACUGCCGGCUGUCCAAGCAAAUAUUGGUUAAGAAGGCCAAUAAUAGUGUGAGUGCCAGUCUUUGUGCAAUCAUGCCAACUCCUUGUCACUCAUUGACAUGUCAAUGAGCAAUGGAGUUGGCAAGCGCACAAACAGAUCUGGUACCAGGCCGAUACUCUGUUUGGUGAGGAAAGUACUUUUACCACAGACUGACCUCUGUUGUAUUGAAUCUCUAGUUGAAGGAUGAGGAAGACUUUGUGCGCCGGCUGGACUGCAGGCCAGAGGAACUCCUCAAGGUGGUGUCUAUAUUUGGAAACACGGGGGAGGGGAAGUCCCACACCCUGAACCAUACCUUCUUCCUGGGGCGGGAGGUGUUCCAGACGUCCCCCACCCAGGAGUCAUGCACCGUGGGAGUCUGGGCUGCCAUGGACCCCAUCCACAGGGUGGUGGUGAUCGACACAGAGGGACUGCUGGGGGCAGGUACGGUAUUAAACAUGUCUAAAUGGGGCACAGGAGCUGGACAAAUACACCGAGCAAAGCAGUGUGUGCUUAUUUACUGCUGAUGGUGGAUAGAAACAACAGCAUGGCUUCGACUGACAUCUGAUUGGUCACAAAACCUUGUAUCAAAAUACUAGACUAGAGUAUCACUUGUCUGUUGAGGGGAAAGCUGUGUGUCUGUUGAGGGGAAAAGCGGUGUGUCUGUUGAGGGGAAAGCGGUGUGUCUGUUGAGGGGAAAGCUGUGUGUCUGUUGAGGGGAAAGCUGUGUGUCUGUUGAGGGGAAAGCGGUGUGUCUGUUGAGGGGAAAGCGGUGUGUCUGUUGAGGGGAAAGCGGUGUGUCUGUUGAGGGGAAAGCUGUGUGUCUGUUGAGGGGAAAGCGGUGUGUCUGUUGAGGGGAAAGCGGUGUGUCUGUUGAGGGGAAAGCGGUGUGUCUGUUGAGGGGAAAGCUGUGUGUCUGUUGAGGGGAAAGCUGUGUGUCUGUUGAGGGGAAAGCUGUGUGUCUGUUCAGGGGAAACAUUUACAUUUUAGUCAUUUAGCAGACGCUCUUAACCAGAGCGACUUACAGGAGCAAUUAGGGUUAAGUGCCUUGCUCAAGGGCACAUUAACGUCAUUUAGCAGACGCUCUUAGCCAGAGCGACUCACAAAUUGGUGCGUUCACCCUAUAGCCAGUGGGAUAACCACUUUACAAUUUGGGGGGGGGGGGGGGGGGGGUUAGAAGGAAUACUUUAUCCUAUCCCAGGUAUUCCUUAAAGAGGUGGGGUUUCAAAUGUCUCCGGAAGGUGGUGAGUGACUCCGCUGUCCUGGCGUCGUGAGGGAGCUUGUUCCACCAUUGGGGUGCCAGAGCAGCGAACAGUUUUGACUGGGCUGAGCGGGAGCUGUGCUUCCGCAGAGGAAGGGGAGCCAGCAGGCCAGAGGUGGAUGAACGCAAUGUCCUCGUUUGGGUGUAGGGACUGAUCAGACCCUGAAGGUACAGAGGUGCCGUUCCCCUCACUGCUCCAUAGGCAAGCACCAUGGUCUUGUAGCGGAUGCGAGCUUCAACUGGAAGCCAGUGGAGUGUGCGGAGGAGGGGGGUGACGUGAGAGAAAGCUGUGUGUCUGUUGAGGGGAAAGCAGUGUGUCUGUUGAGGGGAAAGCUGUGUGUCUGUUGAGGGGAAAGCGGUGUGUCUGUUGAGGGGAAAGCUGUGUGUCUGUUGAGGGGAAAGCUGUGGUGUCUGUUGAGGGGGGAAAGCGGUGUGGCUGUGUCUGUUGAGGGGAAAGCGGUGUGUCUGUUGAGGGGAAAGCGGUGUGUCUGUUGAGGGGAAAGCUGUGUGUCUGUUGAGGGGAAAGCGGUGUGGUCUGUUGAGGGGAAAGCGGUGUGUCUGUUGAGGGGGAAAGCGGUGUGUCUGUUGAGGGGAAAGCUGUGUGUCUGUUGAGGGGAAAGCUGUGUGUCUGUUGAGGGGAAAGCUGUGUGUCUGUUGAGGGGAAAGCUGUGUGUCUGUUGAGGGGAAAGCUGUGUGUCUGUUCAGGGGAAAGCUGUGUGUCUGUUGAGGGGGAAAACAGUGUGUCUGUUGAGGGAAAGCGUGUGUUGUUGAGGGGAAGCGGUGUGUCUGUUGAGGGGAAAGCGGUGGUGUUUUGAGGGGAAAGCGGUGUGGGCUGUUGAGGGGAAAGCUGGGUUUUUCGUUGAGGGGGAAAACGGUUUUGUUUUGUUGAGGGGAAAGCGGUGUGUCUGUUGAGGGAAAGCUGUGGGUCUGUUCAGGGGAAAGCGGUGUGUCUGUUGAGGGGAAAGCGGUGUGGUCUGGUUUUAGGGGAAAGCUGUGUGUCUGUUUGAGGGGAAAGCGGUGGGGUCUGUUGAGGGGGAAAACGGUUGGUGUCUGUUGAGGGAAGGAAAGCUGUGUGUCUGUUGGGGGAAGCUGUGUGUCUGUUGAGGGGAAAGCGGUGUGUUGUUGAGGGAAGCGGUUGGGCUGUUGGGGGAAAAGCGGUGUGUCUGUUGAGGGGAAAGCGGUGUGUUGUUGAGGGAAGCUGUGUGUCUGUUGAGGGGAAAGCCAUUGUGUCUGUUCAGGGGAAAGCUGUGUGUCUGUUCAGGGAAAGCGGUGUGUCUGUUGAGGGGAAAGCGGUGUGUCUGUUGAGGGGAAAGCUGUGUGUCUGUUGAGGGGAAAGCGGUGUGUCUGUUGAGGGGAAAGCUGUGUGUCUGUUGAGGGGAAAGCGGUGUGUCUGUUCAGGGGAAAGCUGUGUGUCUGUUCAGGGGAAAGCGGUGUGUCUGUUCAGGGGAAAGCUGUGUGUCUGUUGAGGGGAAAGCCUAAAGGCCUUUGAUUAAGAUCACGUUGGGAGCACUAACCAGUCAGCAGACAUCUGCUAACAAUUCCCCUUCCUCUCGACUGUUUCCCACCUAGGAUCCAAUCAGGGCCAGCGUACCCGGCUGCUCCUCAAAGUCCUUGCCGUCUCCGACCUCGUCAUCUACCGUACCCACGCCGACCGUCUCCACGAGGACAUGUUCAGUUUCCUAGGUGACGCUUCGGAAGCCUAUCUGAAGCACUUCACCAGGGAGCUGAAGGCCACCACGGCCCGGUGUGGCCUGGACGUCCCUCUGUCCACUCUGGGACCAGCUGUUAUUAUCUUCCAUGAGACCGUCCACACCAAACUACUGGGAUCAGGUAGGUGGUUCUGGUUGGCGUUUAGCCUGAGUGCCAGUCUGUUUGUGCUGCCAUGCCAACUCCUUGUAUGUCAUGCCAAUGGAGUUCUCAAAAGCACAAACAGAUCUAGGACCAGGCAAGUCAGCACAAUCAGUUAUCAGUAAAGUUAGAAUGGACCUGAACCAUGUAUACAGAGACAAACUGCAGGGAUCAGGUUGGGGAUCAGGGGCUGAGACAGAGACAAACUGCUGGGAUCAGGUUGGGGGUCAAAGGUCAGGGGCUGAGACAGAGACAGAGACAAACUGCUGGGAUCAGGUUGGGGAUCAGGGGCUGAGACAGAGACAAACUGCUGGGAUCAGGUUGGGGGUCAAAGGUCAGGGGCUGAGACAGAGACAGAGACAAACUGCUGGGAUCAGGUUGGGGAUCAGGGGCUGAGACAGAGACAAACUGCUGGGAUCAGGUUGGGGGUCAAAGGUCAGGGGCUGAGACAGAGACAAACUGCUGGGAUCAGGUUGGGGGUCAAAGGUCAGGGGCUGAGACAGAGACAGAGACAAACUGCUGGGAUCAGGUUGGGGAUCAGGGGCUGAGACAGAGACAAACUGCUGGGAUCAGGUUGGGGGUCAAAGGUCAGGGGCUGAGACAGAGACAGAGACAAACUGCUGGGAUCAGGUUGGGGAUCAGGGGCUGAGACAGAGACAAACUGCUGGGAUCAGGUUGGGGGUCAAAGGUCAGGGGCUGAGACAGAGACAGAGACAAACUGCUGGGAUCAGGUUGGGGAUCAGGGGCUGAGACAGAGACAAACUGCUGGGAUCAGGUUGGGGGUCAAAGGUCAGGGGCUGAGACAGAGACAAACUGCUGGGAUCAGGUUGGGGGUCAAAGGUCAGGGGCUGAGACAGAGACAGAGACAAACUGCUGGGAUCAGGUUGGGGGUCAAAGGUCAGGGGCUGAGACAGAGACAGAGACAGAGACAAACUGCUGGGAUCAGGUUGGGGAUUAGGGGCUGAGACAGAGACAAACUGCUGGGAUCAGGUUGGGGGUCAAAGGUCAGGGGCUGAGACAGAGACAGAGACAAACUGCUGGGAUCAGGUUGGGGGUCAGGGGCUGAGACAGAGAUAGAGGCCGUAGCAGGAUUGUCGUCAAUUCAGUUUUCAGUUUAGAAAGUGGAAAUAACUUGUCAUAGCUUAGUGCAUUCACCUCUACUUACAAUCAUCACUUUCUAACAUCAAGACUGUCUUCCCCUCUUCUCAUCUUCUAAUCAACACUCUCAGAUCUACCCCCGAGCAUAACAAGAACACCCCACCCUCUAGAAAAGCGGAGGAGCGCUCCCCACGCGUAGGAGCACGAAGCGACAAAACGUAACGUGAGGCUCUCUCUCAUCCACCUCUCCCUCUACAUCUCUCUCUCCCUCUCUCUCCUCUACAUCUCUCUCUGAAACGCCAAGGAGAAAUAUCUGAAAUAAUUAUCAUUCGAUUCGGAUUGCAGGACUGCCGGCUGUCCAAGCAAGGGCUAUCCCCCUCUCUGCCAAUCCGCGCCUGCAGCCCCCGCGCCCGACAGCUCAGCGCUCCCCGGCCCUCCGACAGCAGCGCCAGCGCCCCGCCACAGCCGCCCCAACAGUCCCGUCUACAGCGCGCUCCACUCCCGAGCGACAGCGGCCGCCCCCGACCUCCGGACAGCGCGCUAUCCCCGACCGCCGCCCAACUCGUCUCCACGCUCUCCUCUAAACGAUCUCUCCCAACUCUCCUCGUACACCUCUCCCAUCUCCGUCUACAAGCGUCCCCUCUACAGCGCGACGAUCCACGAGCCCUCGGCCGACAGCGCUCCGCACCCCCAGCUACGAGUCUCCACACACCUCGAAUCUGCCCCGGUCGCGCAGCGAUCUCUCCCCCCAGCAUCAGAUAGGACGAGAGAGCUUGCAGCAUCUCAUAAGAUGAAUAGCCCCGCUCUCCCCUUCUAUCUCUCUUAUUCCUCUUACCCUCUCUCCUCUACAUUUCUCUCUCUCUCUCUCUCCCUCUCUCAUCUACAUCUUCUCUCUCUCCCCCUCUCUCCAGACAAGCCAUCAGAGUCUGCAGAGCGUCUGCUCCAGGAGCGUUUCAGGAAGCUGGGUCUGUUUCCCGAGGCCUUCAGCUCCAUCCAGUACCGCGGGACUCGAACCUACAACCCCCCGACAGAUUUCAGUGGUCUGCUGCGGAGCCUGGAGCAACAGCUAGACAACAACACCACCCGCUCACCACGCUCCGCCAGCGUCAUAUACAGGGCCCUGCAGGUUGGUGUCAGCGUUAUAUACAGGGCCUUGUAGGUUGGUGUCAGCGUUAUAUACAGGGCCCUGCAGGUUGGUGUCAGCGUUAUAUACAGGUUCUUGCAGUUUGGUGUCAGCGUUAUAUACAGGGCCUUGCAGGUUGGUGUCAGCGUUAUAUACAGGGCCCUGCAGGUUGGUGUCAGCGUUAUAUACAGGGCCUUGCAGGUUGGUGUCAGCGUUAUAUACAGGGCCCUGCAGGUUGGUGUCAGCGUUAUAUACAGGGCCUUGCAGGUUGGUGUCAGCGUUAUAUACAGGGCCUUGCAGGUUGGUGUCAGCGUUAUAUACAGGGCCCUGCAGGUUGGUGUCAGCGUCAUAUACAGGGCCCUGCAGGUUGGUGUCACGUUAUAUACAGGGCCCUGCAGGUUGGUGUCAGCGUCAUAUACAGGGCCCUGCAGGUUGGUGUCAGCGUUAUAUACAGGGCCCUGCAGGUUGGUGUCAGCGUUAUAUACAGGGCCCUGCAGGUUGGUGUCAGCGUUAUAUACAGGGCCCUGCAGGUUGGUGUCAGCGUUAUAUACAGGGCCCUGCAGGUUGGUGUCAGCGUUAUAUACAGGGCCCUGCAGGUUGGUGUCAGCGUUAUAUACAGGGCCCUGCAGGUUGGUGUCAGCGUUAUAUACAGGGCCCUGCAGGUUGGUGUCAGGCGUUAUAUACAGUGCCCUGCACUUUGGUGUCAGCGUCAUAUACAGGGCCCUGCAGGUUGGUGUCAGCGUCAUAUACAGGGCCCUGCAGGUUGGUGUCAGCGUUAUAUACAGGGCCCUGCAGGUUGGUGUCAGCGUUAUAUACAGGGCCCUGCAGGUUGGUGUCAGCGUUAUAUACAGGGCCCUGCAGGUUGGUGUCAGCGUUAUAUACAGGGCCCUGCAGGUUGGUGUCAGCGUUAUAUACAGGGCCCUGCAGGUUGGUGUCAGCGUUAUAUACAGGGCCCUGCAGGUUGGUGUCAGCGUUAUAUACAGGGCCCUGCAGGUUGGUGUCAGCAUUAUAUACAGGGCCCUGCAGGUUGGUGUCAGCGUUAUAUACAGGGCCCUGCAGGUUGGUGUCAGCGUUAUAUACAGGGCCCUGCAGGUUGGUGUGUGUGUGUCUCUCUGUGUGUGUGUGUGUGUGUGUGUGUGUGUGUGUGUGUGUGUAAACAAUUCAUGAACCUGUCAACACCUGUUGCAAAGCUCUCGCUUUCUCUCUCUCUCUCUCUCUCCCUCCCUACUCUCUCCCCCCCACCUCUCUUCCUCCCUCCCUCCCUCUCUCCCCUCUAGGCCCUGAGUGAACGUUUCAGUGGGGAUAUCCCAGAAGAGCACCUGGCCAGUAACUCUUUCUUCCCUGAUGAGUACUUCACCUGCUCCUCUAUCUGUCUCAGCUGUGGGUGUGUAUCUGACCGUGCCUCCAUCUGUGUCCUCUGUUUCCAGUUCUGCUUUCUAUUACAGUUCAAUAUUGACCUUUUUGUGUUAUAAUUGACAUGGUAAAUUAGCCUUAGCUGUGUAAUGGCUCACUCUAACUCCACUCAGUUUACACUAAUGCUUUCUAUUAUUGGUAUUUUGUUAUUACAUGGUUAAUGUGUAUUACUUUGGAGUUGCAUAGUUAUUACAUAUCGGUAGUAAUUACCUGAUUAUUACACGAAAUAGCAUCUCAAACAGGUUUGAACAAUAAUAUCCUAGUUUUCUACGUAAGUCUUCAGCCGUAAUGAUUCUCUGCCUUCCUGUCAGGUCUGGCACAGUGAUAACGUAGUAAUUAAACACUGGCUGUAAGAACAGCACAGUGAUAACGUAGUAAUUAAACACUGGCUGGAAGAACAGCACAGUGAUAACGUAGUAAUUAAACACUGGCUGUAAGAACAGCACAGUGAUAACGUAGUAAUUAAACACUGGCUGUAAGAACAGCACAGUGAUAACGUAGUAAUUAAACACUGGCUGUAAGAACAGCACAGUGAUAACGUAGUAAUUAAACACUGGCUGUAAGAACAGCACAGUGAUAACAUAGUAAUUAAACACUGGCUGUAAGAACAGCACAGUGAUAACGUAGUAAUUAAACACUGUGUACCAACCCUCUUGCUGUCAGGUCUGGCUGUUAGAACAGCACAGUGAUAACGUACAGUGAGGGGAAAAAAGUAUUUGAUCCCCUGCUGAUUUUGUAUGUUUGCCCACUGACGAAGACAUGAUCAGUCUAUAAUUUGAAUGGUAGGUUUAUUUGAACAGUGAGAGACAGAAUAACAACAACAAAAAAUCUAGAAAAACGUCAAAAAUGUUAUAAAUUGAUUUGCAUUUCAAUGAGGGAAAUAAGUAUUUGACCCCCUCUCCAUCAGAAAAAUGUCUGGCUCCCAGGUGUCUUUUAUACAGGUAAUGAGCUGAGAUUAGGAGCACACUCUUAAAGGGAGUGCUCCUAAUCUCAGCUUGUUACCUGUAUAAAAGACACCUGUCCACAGAAGCAAUCAAUCAAUCAGAUUCCAAACUCUCCACAAUGGCCAAGACCAAAGAGCUCUCCAAGGAUGUCAGGGACAAGAUUGUAGACCUACACAAGGCUGGAAUGGGCUAAAUACUUAUUUCCCUCAUUAAAAUGCAAAUACAUUUAUAACAUUUUUGACAUGCGUUUUUCUGGAUUUUUUUGUUGUUAUUCUGUCUCUCAAUGUUCAAAUAAACCUACCAUUAAAAUUAUAGACUGAUACUUUCUUUGUCAGUGGGCAAACGUACAAAAUCAGCAGGGGAUCAAAUCCUUUUUUCCCUCACUGUAGUAAUGAACCACUGUGUACCAACCCUCUUCCUGUCAGGUCUGGCUGUAAGAACAGUAUGAACCAUCUGAAGGAGGAAGUGGACCACGAGGCUAAACACCGCUGUCACUACUCUGCUCAGAAUGACAACCGUAUCUACACUUGUAAGGUAGGAACACACACGUACACACACAUUCUCUCUCACACACAUACAUACACACACACUCUCUCACACACACACAUACAUACACACACACACACACACACACACACACACACACACACACACACACACACACACACACACACACGUACACACACACGUACACACACACACACACACACACACACAUACACAUACAUACACACACACUCUCUCACACACACACAUACAUACACACACACACACACACACACACACACGUACACACACACACACACACACACACACAUACACAUACAUACACACACACUCUCUCACACACACACACACACACACACACACGCGCACACACACGUUAGUUAGUCUUCUGAACUGAAUGUCUGUACUCCGCUCCUCAGGCGUGCUAUGAGGGAGGGAAGGAGGUGAUUGUGGUUCCCAAGACGACAGCCUCCUCUGACUCUCCCUGGUUUGGUCUGGCCAUCUACGCCUGGUCAGGGUGAGUACUGGUCUAUCAGAAAGUAGUGCACUACAUAGGGAAUAGGGUGCCAUUUGGGACGCAUCCCUGGUCUGGUCCUUCAGAAUGAAGGGAGGAAGCUAUUUAGUCUGUAUCAUCGUCUGAAAGGCUGUGGAAUAAAGGAGAAUAAUGAUACAAUCACCUUUAAGAGGUUUGAGACCAACAGGUAGAAGCUGUUUAAACGCUAUCUGCUGUCGCUGGCCGAACUGUAGUGUGGUUCUCUUGUAUGUGAAGUAGUGGUGUUGUUGUUGUUUACAGGUAUGUGAUAGAGUGAACUGAAGUAGUGGUGUUGUUGUUUACAGGUAUGUGAUAGAGUGAACUGAAGUAGUGGUGUUGUUGUUUACAGGUACACUGGGGGGAAAAAGUAUUUAGUCAGCCACCAAUUGUGCAAGUUCUCCCACUUAAACAGAUGAGAGAGGCCUGUAAUUUUCAUCAUAGGUACACGUCAACUAUGACAGACAAAAUGCGAAUGUUUUUUCCAGAAAAUCACAUUGUAGGAUUUUUUAUGAAUUUAUUUGCAAAUUAUGGUGGAAAAUAAGUAUUUGGUCAAUAACAAAAGUUUCUCAAUACUUUGUUAUAUACCCUUUGUUGGCAAUGACACAGGUCAAACGUUUUCUGUAAGUCUUCACAAGGUUUUCACACACUGUUGCUGGUAUUUUGGCCCAUUCCUCCAUGCAGAUCUCCUCUAGAGCAGUGAUGUUUUGGGGCUGUCGCUGGGCAACACGGACUUUCAACUCCCUCCAAAGAUUUUCUAUGGGGUGGAGAUCUGGAGACUGGCUAGGCCACUCCAGGACCUUGAAAUGUUUCUUACGAAGCCACUCCUUCGUUGCCCGGGCGGUGUGUUUGGGAUCAUUGUCAUGCUGAAAGACCCAGCCACGUUUCAUCUUCAAUGCCCUUGCUGAUGGAAGGAGGUUUUCACUCAACAUCUCACGAUACAUGGCCCCAUUCAUUCUUUCCUUUACACGGAUCAGUCGUCCUGGUCCCUUUGCAGAAAAACAGCCCCAAAGCAUGAUGUUUCCACCCCCAUGCUUCACAGUAGGUAUGGUGUUCUUUGGAUGCAACUCAGCAUUCUUUGUCCUCCAAACACGACGAGUUGAGUUUUUACCAAAAAGUUCAAUUUUGGUUUCAUCUGACCAUAUGACAUUCUCCCAAUCCUCUUCUGGAUCAUCCAAAUGCACUCUAGCAAACUUCAGACGGGCCUGGACAUGUACUGGCUUAAGCAGGGGGACACGUCUGGCACUGCAGGAUUUGAGUCCCUGGCGGCGUAGUGUGUUACUGAUGGUAGGCUUUGUUACUUUGGUCCCAGCUCUCUGCAGGUCAUUCACUAGGUCCCCCCGUGUGGUUCUGGGAUUUUUGCUCACCGUUCUUGUGAUCAUUUUGACCCCACGGGGUGAGAUCUUGCGUGGAGCCCCAGAUCGAGGGAGAUUAUCAGUGGUCUUGUAUGUCUUCCAUUUCCUAAUAAUUGCUCCCACAGUUGAUUUCUUCAAACCAAGCUGCUUACCUAUUGCAGAUUCAGUCUUCCCAGCCUGGUGCAGGUCUACAAUUUUGUUUCUGGUGUCCUUUGACAGCUCUUUGGUCUUGGCCAUAGUGGAGUUUGGAGUGUGACUGUUUGAGGUUGUGGACAGGUGUCUUUUUAUACUGAUAACAAGUUCAAACAGGUGCCAUUAAUACAGGUAAUGAGUGGAGGACAGAGGAGCCUCUUAAAGAAGAAGUUACAGGUCUGUGAGAGCCAGAAAUCUUGCUUGUUUGUAGGUGACCAAAUACUUAUUUUCCACCAUAAUUUGCAAAUAAAUUCAUUAAAAAUCCUAUAAUGUGAUUUUCUGGAUUUUUUUUCCUCAAUUUGUCUGUCAUAGUUGACGUGUACCUAUGAUUAAUAUUACAGGCCUCUCUCAUCUUUUUAAGUGGGAGAACUUGCACAAUUGGUGGCUGACUAAAUUCUUUUUUCCCCCACUGUAUAUGAUAGAGUGAACUGAAGUAGUGGUGUUGUUGUUGUUUACAGGUAUGUGAUAGAGUGAACUGAAGUAGUGGUGUUGUUGUUGUUUACAGGUAUGUGAUAGAGUGAACUGAAGUAGUGGUGUUGUUGUUUACAGGUAUGUGAUAGAGUGAACUGAAGUAGUGGUGUUGUUGUUUACAGGUAUGUGAUAGAGUGAACUGAAGUAGUGGCGUUGUUGUUUACAGGUAUGUGAUAGAGUGAACUGAAGUAGUGGUGUUGUUGUUGUUUACAGGUAUGUGAUAGAGUGAACUGAAGUAGUGGUGUUGUUGUUUACAGGUAUGUGAUAGAGUGAACUGAAGUAGUGGUGUUGUUGUUGUUUACAUGUAUGUGAUAGAGUGAACUGAAGUAGUGGUGUUGUUGUUUACAAGUAUGUGAUAGAGUGAACUAAAGUAGUGGUGUUGUUGUUUACAAGUAUGUGAUAGAGUGAACUGAAGUAGUGGUGUUGUUGUUUACAAGUAUGUGAUAGAGUGAACUAAAGUAGUGGUGUUGUUGUUUACAGGUAUGUGAUAGAGUGAACUAAAGUAGUGGUGUUGUUGUUUACAGGUAUGUGAUAGAGUGAACUGAAGUAGUGGUGUUGUUGUUUACAGGUAUGUGAUAGAGUGAACUGAAGUGGUGGUGUUGUUGUUUACAGGUAUGUGAUAGAGUGAACUGAAGUAGUGGUGUUGUUGUUGUUUACAGGUAUGUGAUAGAGUGAACUGAAGUAGUGGUGUUGUUGUUUACAGGUAUGUGAUAGAGUGAACUGAAUUGGUGGUGUUGUUGUUUACAGGUAUGUGAUAGAGUGAACUGAAGUAGUGGUGUUGUUGUUGUUUACAGGUAUGUGAUAGAGUGAACUGAAGUAGUGGUGUUGUUGUUUACAGGUAUGUGAUAGAGUGAACUGAAGUAGUGGUGUUGUUGUUUACAGGUAUGUGAUAGAGUGAACUGAAGUAGUGGCGUUGUUGUUUACAGGUAUGUGAUAGAGUGAACUGAAGUGGUGGUGUUGUUGUUUACAGGUAUGUGAUAGAGUGAACUGAAGUGGUGGUGUUGUUGUUUACAGGUAUGUGAUAGAGUGAACUGAAGUAGUGGUGUUGUUGUUUACAGGUAUGUGAUAGAGUGAACUGAAGUGGUGGUGUUGUUGUUUACAGGUAUGUGAUAGAGUGAACUGAAGUGGUGGUGUUGUUGUUGUUUACAGGUAUGUGAUAGAGUGAACUGAAGUGGUGGUGUUGUUGUUUACAGGUAUGUGAUAGAGUGAACUGAAGUAGUGGUGUUGUUGUUGUUUACAGGUAUGUGAUAGAGUGAACUGAAGUAGUGGUGUUGUUGUUGUUUACAGGUAUGUGAUAGAGUGAACUGAAGUGGUGGUGUUGUUGUUUACAGGUAUGUGAUAGAGUGAACUGAAGUAGUGGUGUUGUUGUUUACAGGUAUGUGAUAGAGUGAACUGAAGUAGUGGUGUUGUUGUUUACAGGUAUGUGAUAGAGUGAACUGAAGUAGUGGUGUUGUUGUUGUUUACAGGUAUGUGAUAGAGUGAACUGAAGUGGUGGUGUUGUUGUUUACAGGUAUGUGAUAGAGUGUCCCAACUGUGGGGUGAUCUACAGAAGCAGGCAGUACUGGUAUGGGAACCAGGACCCAGUGGACACGGUGGUCAGAACUGAAAUAAAACACAUCUGGCCUGGGGUAAGAACAGGAGGAGCUAGGACUUCACAUUGGUUAAUCAAAUCUCCCCACUCUUGCUAAAUUUUGCAUGCCUUCUCAAACAGCUACAACUGUAUAUGCAUUCGCACAUCAAGUCUUCUCUUGAGUUGGGCUCAGGGAUGGAACAACUGUUGAACAUCUGAGCUUGUGGUUGUUUGUGGGGGAAGGGUGGGGAGUGUGUGUGUGUGUGUGUGUGUGUGUGUGUGCGUGUGUGUGUGUGUGUGUAUCCCACAUCUAUUGCUAUGGGGUGUUAGGGACAAUACUGGAUGAAUAAAAAAAAUGUAAUUUUUGUAAUGUAAUGUUGUAGGUAACAAUCCUUCGUAUGAACUGCCAACAUUAUUACACAUAUUAUUCCUUAAUUGUGGAAACUAAUUAAGAAAUGCAAGAUUUGUUUUAUAUAUAUAUAUAUAUAUAUAUAUAUAUAUAUAUAUAUAUACAGUACCAGUCAAAAGUUUGGACACACCUACUCAUUCAAGGGUUUUCUUUAUCUUUACUAUUUUCUACAUUGUAGAAUAAUAGUGAAGACAUCAAAACUAUGAAAUAAUACAUAUGGAAUCAUGUAGUAACCAAAAAAGUGUUAAACAAAUCAAAAUCAAUUUUCUAUUUGAGUUUCUUCAAAUAGCCACCCUUUGCCUUGAUGAUAGCUUUGCACACUCUUGGCAUUCUCUCAACCAGCUUCACCUGGAAUACUUUUCCAACCGUCUUGAAGGAGUUCCCACAUAUGCUGAGCACUUGUUGGCUGCUUUUCCUUCACUCUGCCGUCCGACUCAUCCCAAACCAUCUCAAUUGGGUUGAGGUUGGGGGAUUGUGGAGGCCAGGUCAUCUGAUGCAGCACUCCAUCACUCUCCUUCUUGGUAAAAUAGCCCUUACACAGCCUGGAGGUGUGUUGGGUCAUUGUCCUGUUGAAAAACUAAUUAUAGUCCCACUAGGCCCAAACCAGAUGGGAUGGCAUGUCACUGCAGAAUGCUGUGGUAGCCAUGCUGGUUAAGUGUGCCUUGAAUUCUAAAUAAAUCACAGACAGUGUCACCAGCAAAGCACCCCCACACCAUAACACCUCCUCCUGCGUGCUUUACGGUGGGAACUACACAUGCGGAGAUCAUCCGUUCACCCACACCGCGUCUCACAAAGACACAGCAGUUUGAACCAAAAAUCUCAAAUUUGGACUCCAGACCAAAGGACAAAUUUCCACCGGUCUAAUGUCAAUUGCUUGUGUUUCUUGGCCCAAGCAGGUUUCUUCUUCUUAUUGGUGUCCUUUAGUAGUGGUUUCUUUUCAGUAAUUCGACCAUGAAGGCCUGAUUCACAGUCCCCUCUGAACAGUUGAUGUUGAGAUGUGUCUGUUACUUGAACUCUGUGAAGCCUUUAUUUGGGCUGCAAUUUCUGAGGCUGGUAAAUCUAAUGAACUUAUCCUCUGCAGCAGAGAUAACUCUGGGUCUUCCAUUCCUGUGGCGGUCCUCAUGAGAGCCAGUUUCAUGAUAGCGGUUGAUGGUUUUUGCGACUGCACUUGAAGAAACUUUCAAAGUUCUUGAAAUUUUCCGGAUUGACUGACCUUCUUGUCUUAAAGUAAUGAUGAACUGUCGUUUCUCUUUGCUUAUUUGAGCUGUUCUUGCCAUAAUAUGGACUUGGUCUUUUACCAAAUAGGGCUAUCUUCUGUAUACCACCCCUACCUUGUCACAACACAACUGAUUGGCUCAAACACAUUAAGAAGGAAAUGAAUUACACAAAUUAACUUUUAAGAAGGCACACCUGUUAAUUGAAAUGCAUUUCAGGUGACUAUCUCAUGAAGCUGGUUGAGAGAAUGCCAAGAGUGUGCAAAGCUGUCAUCAAGGCAAAGGGUGGCUAUUUGAAGAAUCUCAAAUAGAAAAUAUAUUUUGAUUUGUUUAACACUUUUUCGGUUACUACAUGAUUCCAUAUGUAUUAUUUCAUAGUUUUGAUGUCUUCACUAUUAUUCUACAAUGUGAAUUUUUUUACACAAAUAAAGAAAAACCCUUGAAUGAGUAGGUGUGUCCAAACGUUUGACUGGUAGUGUAGAUAGCAAUAAAAGCAGUACCAUAGAGGCACAGAAUACGUAGAGGAAAAACAAAAAGAAAUGGAGGAACUUAUUCAAGAAAGAUCAAGUGUAAUAUAUUAUAAAAAUUAAGCGAACUGGAUGGGAUAUCAAGAAAAAUGCACCAUUAAAAAAAACACAAAAAAUCUUCAAUGUAGAAAUGCUACCAAAAAUAAUUGACUGACACUUGUUAGAGAAAUGAGUCACCCAUAAUUCACCUAAAUAUAUUUUGAAAGAGGAAGCAAAGAACUUUAAGCAUAUGCUUUCAUUUCAGUCUCCUCCAUCUUCACUAGCCGAAGUUAAUUGUAAGGAUUUUUUUCCUAUUAAUAAUGUACAAUUAACAGCUGUACAGAAAGACUCAUGUGAAGGCCAAAUUACAGAGGAGGAUCUUCUUGAUGCAAUUAAAGCCUUUAAGUCCGGGGAAACUCCAGGGCUGGAUUGUAUACCAGUCGAGGUAUACCAAACCUUUUUUGAUGUACUCAGAGGACCGUUAUUAGCAUGUUUUAACCACUCCUAUAAAAAUUGUAGAUUAUCAGAUACCCAACAAGAAGGUCUGAUUUCAUUAUUACUGAAACAGGACCCAAGUGGUAAAUAUAAAAAUCCAGUCCAUAAAAUAAAAAUUGGAGGCCCCUUAGACUUCAGUGUUGUGAUGCAAAAAUUCUAGCAAAGUUCACAGCGCAUAGAAUUGAAAAGGUAUUGUCGGAUAUUAUUCAUCCAUUUCAGACAGGUUUUUUACAUGGACGAUACAUUGGAGAUAAUAUGAGACAAGUACUGGAAACAAUAGAACACUAUGAAAAAUCUGGGAAACCAGGCCUGGUAUUCAUAGUUGACUUUGAAAAGGCUUUUGAUAAAGUAUGACUGGAAUUUAUAUAUAAAUGCCUGGAAUAUUUCAUUUUUUGAGAGUCUCUUAUACAAUGGGGUAAAGUUAUGUAGAGUAACCCUAGGUGUAAAAUAGUAAAUAAUGGCUAUUUCUCAGAAAGUUUUAAACUGUCAAGAGGAGUGAAACAAGGCUGUCUACUAUCUGCAUAUCUAUUUAUUAUGGCCAUCGAGAUGUUAGCUAUUAAAAUCAGAUCCAACAAUGAUAUCAAGGGCCUAGAAAUCCAGGGCUUAAAAACAAAGGUGUCAUUGUAUGCUGAUGAUCCAUGUUUUCUUUUUAAAUCAACAAUUUGGAUCCCUCCACAGCCUCAUAGAUGAUCCAGAUAGUUUUUUCUAACCAAAUUAUGAUAAGUGUACUGUAUUACGUAUUGGAUCACUAAACAAUACAACUUUUACAUUACCGUGUAGUUUACCAAUAAAAUGGUCUGACAGUGAUAUGGACGUACUCAUUAUUAAUAUCCCGAAAGAAAUGACCUCGCGACAAUACAUUUUAAUAGAAAGUUGGCAAAAGUAGAUAAGAUCUUGCUACUGUGGAAAGGAAUAUACCUGUCUAUUUGUGGAAAAAUCACCCUGAUUAACUCUUUAGUCAUAUCCCAGUUUACCUAUUUGCUUAUGGCCCUACCUACACCUAGCGACUUGUUUCUUUAAUUAUAUGAGCAACAUUUUUUCCAUUUUAUUUGGAACGGCAAGCCAGACAAAAUUAAACGGGCCUAUUUACAGUGGGGAGAACAAGUAUUUGAUACACUGCCGAUUUUGCAGAUUUUCCUACUUACAAAGCAUGUAGAGGUCUGUAAUUUUUAUCAUAGGUACACUUCAACUGUGAGGAACGGAAUCUAAAACAAAAAUCCAGAAAAUCACAUUGUAUGAUUUUUAAGUAAUUAAUUUGCAUUUUAUUGCAUGACAUAAGUAUUUGAUACAUCAGAAAAGCAGAGCUUAAUAUUUAGUACAGAAACCUUUGUUUGCAAUUACAGAGAUCAUACGUUUCCUGUAGGUCUUGACCAGGUUUGCACACACUGCAGCAGGGAUUUUGGCCCACUCCUCCAUACAGACCUUCUCCAGAUCCUUCAGGUUUCGGGGCUGUCGCUGGGCAAUACGGACUUUCAGCUCCCUCCAAAUAUUUUCUAUUGGGUUCAGGUCUGGAGACUGGCUAGGCCACUCCAGGACCUUGAGAUGCUUCUUACGGAGCCACUCAUUAGUUGACCUGGCUGUGUGUUUCGGGUCGUUGUCAUGCUGGAAGACCCAGCCACGACCCAUCUUCAAUGCUCUUACUGAGGGAAGGAGGUUGUUGGCCAAGAUCUCGCGAUACAUGGCCCCAUCCAUCCUCCCCUCAAUACGGUGCAGUCGUCCUGUCCCCUUUGCAGAAAAGCAUCCCCAAAGAAUGAUGUUUCCACCUCCAUGCUUCACGGUUGGGAUGGUGUUCUUGGGGUUGUACUCAUCCUUCUUCUUCCUCCAAACACCGCGAGUGGAGUUUAGAUCAAAAAGCUAUAUUUUUGUCUCAUCAGACCACAUGACCUUCUCCCAUUCCUCCUCUGGAUCAUCCAGAUGGUCAUUGGCAAACUUCAGACGGGCUUGGACAUGCGCUGGCUUGAGCAGGGGGACCUUGCGUGCGCUGCAGGAUUUUAAUCAAUGACGGCGUAGUGUGUUACUAAUGGUUUUCUUUGAGACUGUGGUCCCAGCUCUCUUCAGGUCAUUGACCAGGUCCUGCCGUGUAGUUCUGGGCUGAUCCCUCACCUUCCUCAUGAUCAUUGAUGCCCCACGAGGUGAGAUCUUGCAUGGAGCCCCAGACCGAGGGUGAUUGACCGUCAUCUUGAACUUCUUCCAUUUUCGAAUAAUUGCGCCAACAGUUGUUGCCUUCUCACCAAGCUGCUUGCCUAUUGUCCUGUAGCCCAUCCCAGUCUUGUGCAGGUCUACAAUUUUAUCCCUGAUGUCCUUACACAGCUCUCUGGUCUUGGCCGUUGUGGAGAGGUUGGAGUCUGUUUGAUUGAGUGUGUGGACAGGUGUCUUUUAUACAGGUAACGAGUUCAAACAGGUGCAGUUAAUACAGGUAAUGAGUGAAGAACAGGAGGGCUUCUUAAAGAAAAACUAACAGGUCUGUGAGAGCUGGAAUUCUUACUGGUUGGUAGGUGAUCAAAUGCUUAUGUCAUGCAAUAAAAUGCAAAUGAAUUACUUAAAAAUCAUACAAUGUGAUUUUCUGGAUUUUUGUUUUAGAUUCCGUUCCUCACAGUUGAAGUGUACCUAUGAUAAAAAUUACAGACCUCUACAUGCUUUGUAAGUAGGAAAACCUGCAAAAUCGGCAGUGUAUCAAAUACUUGUUCUCCCCACUGUAUAUAAUGAAUAUGAAUUCGGAGGGCAGAAAUUAUUAAAUAUUAAAGCAUUAGACCUCUCACUAAAGGCUUCAGUCAUACAAAAGUUAUACUUAAAUCCGAACUGGGUCUCUAGCAGAUUAGUAGGAAUGUCUCACGCCAUGUUAAAGAAUGGCCUUUUUCCCUUUAUUCAGAUUACAACCUCUCACUUUCGGGUAUUUGAAAAUGAAAUCAUCUCCAAAAUAUCUCUAUUUUUAAAACAAGCCAUAGAAAGUUGGUUGCAAUUUCAGUUUAAUCCACCAGAAAAGACAGAACAAAUAUUAGAACAAAGAUUAUGGUUAAAACAAAAUAUACUAAUUGAUUAAAAAACAAUAUUUUUGGAAAGAAUGUUUAAAAAAAGGUAUCAUCUUUGUAAAUUCUAUCAUAAAUAGGACUGGUGAAGUUAUGUCACACAUGCAGCUAACAAAAUAUAUGGAAAUGUCUGCUCUAAUCAAUAGUACAACCAACUAAUUGCAGCAUUACCGCAAAAAUGGAAGAGGAAAGUGGAAGGGGGAGAAAGUAAGGAACUUGUCUGUCGGCCCUGCAUUAAAGACCAUAAUUGCCUAAAGAAAAUUGUGAUAAAUAAAAAAGUAUACCAGUUUCAUUUUAAGGACCAAAAAAAUUGACAGCUGUGCCAUAUAGAAAGCAAAAUAGUUGGGAAGAGAUUUUCGAUGUACCGAUUCAAUGGCACAUGGUUUAUGAACUGAUACACAAAUCAAAGCUGGUUUCAAAACUUAGAGUUUUACAAUUUCAAUUAUUAUACAAAAUUCUUGCAACCAAUAAUUUUAUUUAUUUAUGGGGGAUACAACCAUCCCAGUUCUGCAGAUUUAUAAUUUAUAUAUCCCCCAUAUUUAUUUUAAAUAUGGGGGAUUGGAAAUGAUGCAAACAAUUACAGUGAUGGAAGCCACAAUCUAUCUGCAAUAUUAAAGCUGAUCUACCCCUAAGAAAAUAAAUUUUAAAAAAGAACAAGAGAUGGGAGGGGAGGGGACCAGGACCCAGUGGGACUGAGAUACAACCCAUCUGCCCUGGGGUAAGAACAAGAGAGGGUUCCCCUACUCAUCCCAUGGCCCAUAUUCAUAAAGCGUGAAAGAGUAGGAGUGCUGAUCUAUGAAUCAGAUUCCCCCCUGUCCAUGUAAUCUUAUUCAUUGUGAUCUAACAGGCAAAAGUGAUCAGCACUCCUACUCUGAGAGGCUAUGGCCCCUGCUCUGGCUUAUUCUAGCCAUUUUAGAAGCUUUACACAGUGACAGGAAGUCUAGAAUGUAGAAUGUAGAAUGUAGCAUAAUGAGCUAUACAUACUAACUGACUUCUCUCUCUCUCUCUCUCUCUCUCCUCUCUCAUCUCUCCUCUCUCUCCUCUCUCUCUCUCUCUGUAUCUUUCUCUCUCUCUCAUCUCUCUCUCUGUCUCUUCUCUCUCUCUCUCUCUCUCUCUCUCUCUCUUUCCUCUCUCUGUCUGUCUCUCUUCUAUCUCAUCUCUGUCUCUAUCUCUUCUCUCUCUCUCUAGUCUUCUCUCUCUCUCUCUCUCUCUCUCUCGUCUCUCUCUGUCUCUCUCUUCUUCUCUCUUCUCGUCUCUCUCUUCUCUCUCUCUCUCUCUCUCUCCCUCUCCCUCCUUCCACUCUCUCUCCCCCUCCCCUUUCUCCCUCUCCAGUCGGAUGGUUUUCUGAAGGACAACAACAAUGCAGCUCAGAGACUGUUGGACGGUGUGAACUACAUCUCCCAGAGUGUGUCAGAGCUCAGUGUGAAACCUGCCAAAGCUGUCACUUCCUGGCUCACCGACCAGAUCGCCCCGGCCUACUGGAAACCCAACUCCCUUAUCUUGGUACGUGGUCCUCACAGCCAUCUGGUCAUACUGAUAUAGACACAGCAUGGAUCCAACAUGGCUGACAUAUGCAUUUUCAGAACCAACAUGGAGAUGCAGUGACUCACUGGCAAUGAAGGUUAUUGGAGGGUUGUAGUGCAGAAGUUUUUAAAGUGACUGUUUACACCGUCCAUCUUUGUCUUGGAUUUUUGUUUCUCUGUUUAUAAGGAGUAGCGUCAUGCUCCUAUGACUGUGGAACAAGUUAUCCAUUGCUCCAGACUGUGGGAAAGUUGACAUCCAUGGGGCUUGGAUAUUGUAAAGACUAUCCAUGCUCCUAUGACUGUGUAAAGGCUAUCCAUUGCUCCUAUGACUGUGUAAAGACUAUCCAUUGCUCCUAUGACUGUGUAAAGGCUAUCCAUUGCUCCUAUGACUGUGUAAAGACUAUCCAUUGCUCCUAUGACUGUGUAAAGACUAUCCAUUGCUCCUAUGACUGUGUAAAGACUAUCCAUUGCUCCUAUGACUGUGUAAAGACUAUCCAUUGCUCCUAUGACUGUGUAAAGACUAUCCAUUGCUCCUAUGACUGUGUAAAGACUAUCCAUUGCUCCUAUGACUGUGUAAAGACUAUCAUUGCUCCUAUGAAUGUGUAAGGGGGACUAUCCAUUGCUCCAUAUGAACGGUGUUAUCGACUAUCCAUUGCUCCUAUGACUGUGUAACGACUAUCCAUUGCUCCUAUGACUGUGUAAAGACUAUCCAUUGCUCUAUGACUGUGUAAAGACUAUCCAUUGCUCCUAUGACUGUGUAAAGACUAUCCAUUGCAUCCCUAUGACUGUGUAAAGACUAUCCAUUGCUCCUAUGACUGUGUAAAGACUAUCCAUUGCUCCUAUGACUGUGUAAGGCUAUCCAUUGCUCCUAUGACUGUGUAAGACUAUCCAUUGCUCCUAUGCUGUGUAAAGAACUACCAUUGCUCCUAUGACUGUGUAAAGACUAGCCUUGCUCUUAUGACUGUGUAAAUACUAUCCAUUGCUCCUAUGACUGGUGUAAAGGCUAUCCAUUGCUCCAUGACUGUGUAAAGACUAUCCAUUGCUCCUAUGACUGUGUAAAGACAGCCAUUGCUCCUAUUUAAACAUAUGCUUGUUUUUUUUUGGGGUAAAGACUAUCCAUUGCUCCCAUGACUGGUAAAGGCCACCAUUUCUCUUUUGAUGUGUAAAGACUAUCCAUUGCUCCUAUGACUGUGGAAAGACUAUCCAUGGCUCCUAUGACUGGUGUAAAGACUAUCCAUUGCUCCUAUGACUGUGUAAAGACUAUCCAUUGCUCCUAUGACUGUGUAAAGACUAUCCAUUGCUCCUAUGACUGUGUAAAGACUAUCCAUUUCUCUAUGACUGUGUAAAGACUAUCCAUUGCUCCUAUGACUGUGUAAAGGACAGCCAUUGCUCCCAUGAUGUUUUAAAGACUAUCCAUUGCUCUAUGACUGUGUAAAGACUAUCCAUUUCUCCUAUGACUGUGUAAGACUAUCCAUUGCUCCCAUGACUGUGGGAAAGACUAUCCAUUGCUCUAUGAUGUGUAAAGACUAUCCAUUGCUCCUAUGACUGUGUAAAGACUAUCCAUUGCUCCUAUGACUGUGAAAGACUAGCCAUUUCUCCUAUGACUGUGUAAAUACUACCAUUGCUUUCUAUGACUGUGUAAAGACUAUCCAUUGCUCCAUGACUGUGUAAAGACUAUCCAUUGCUCCUAUGACUGUGUAAAGGAUAUCCAUUGCUCCUAUGACUGUGUAAAUACUAUCCAUUGCUCCUAUGAUGUGUAAAGACUAUCCAUUGCUCCUAUGACUGUGUAAAGGACAUCCAUUGCUCCUAUGACUGUGAAAGACUAUCCAUUGCUCUAUGACUGUGUAAAGACUAUCCAUUUCUCCUAUGACUGUGUAAAGACUAUCCAUUGCUCGUAUGACUGUGUAAAGGGACUAUCCAUUGCUCCUAUGACUGUGUAAAGGCUAUCCAUUGUCUAUGACUGUGUAAAGACUAUCCAUUGCUCCUAUGACUGUGUAAAGACUAUCCAUUGCUCUUAUGACUGUGUAAAGACUAUCCAUUGCUCCUAUGACUGUGUAAAGGAAUAUCCAUUGCUCCUAUGAUGUGUAAGACUAUCCAUUGCUCUAUGACUGUGUAAAGACUAUCCAUUGCUCCUAUGGGCUGUUUAAAGACUAUCCAUUGCUCCUAUGACUGUGUAAAGAUAUCCAUGCUCCCAUGACUGUGUAAAAGACUAUCCAUUGCUCCUAUGACUGUGUAAAGGGCUAGCCAUUGCUCCUAUGAUGGUGUAAAGACUAUCCAUUGCUCCCAUGACUGUGUAAAGACUAUCCAUUGCUCCUAUGACUGUGUAAAGACUAGCCAUUGCCUUAUGGGCUGUGUAAAGGGCUAUCCAUUGCUCUAUGACUGUGUAAGGCUAUCCAUGCUCCUAUGACUGUGUAAAGACUAUCCAUUGCUCCUAUGACUGUGUAAGACUAUCCAUUGCUCCUAUGACGUGUAAAGACUAGCCAUUGCUCUUAUGACUGUUGUAAAGACAUCCCUUGCUCCUAUGACUGUGUAAAGGGCUAUCCAUUGCUACCCAUGACUGUGUAAAUACUAUCCAUUGCUCCUAUGACUGUGUAAAGACUAUCCAUUGCUCCUAUGACUGUGUAAAGGCCAGCCAUUGCUCCUAUGACUGUGUAAAACUAUCAUUGCUCCUAUGACUGUGUAAAGACUAUCCAUUGCUCCUAUGACUGGUAAAGACUACCAUUGCUCCCAUGACUGUGUAAAGGCUAGCCAUUGCUCUAUGACUGUGUAAAGACUAUCCAUUGCUCCUAUGACUGUGUAAAGACUAUCCAUUGCUCCUAUGACUGUGUAAAGACUAGCCAUUGCUCCUAUGACUGUGUAAAGACUAUCCAUUGCUCUAUGACUGUGUAAAGACUAUCCAUUGCUCCUAUGACUGUGUAAAGACUAUCCAUUGCUCUUAUGACUGUGUAAAGACUAUCCAUUGCUCCUAUGACUGUGUAAAGGCCUAGCAUUGCUCCUAUGACUGUGUAAAGACUAUCCCUUGUACCAUGAAUGUGUAAGACUAUCCAUGUCAUGGAGGUUGGUACGACUAUCCCUGCUCCUAUGACGUGUAAAGACACCAUUGCCUUGGGAUGUGUAAAGACUAUCCUUGCUCCUAGACCCGUGUAAAGACACCAUUGCUCCUAUGAUGGAAAGGACUAGCUUGCUCUCUAUGACUGUGAAAUGCCUGCUCUUAUACCGUGUAAAGGACAUCCAUUGCUCCUAGGACUGUGUAAAGACAUCAUUUUUUCUUUAAGCUAUCCAUUGUCCUCUGUGUUGUUAAAUAUCAUCUCCUAGAGGUGCUAUCCAUUGCUCCAUGACGUUGUAAGGCCAGCCAUGCUCUAUCCGGAGACUACAUAUCCUAUGACUGGUGUAAAGACUACCAUUGCUCCCAGAGUGUAAAGGGCUAUCAUUGCUGUAUGACUGUUAAGACUAUCCAUUGUCCUAGAUGUUAAAUAUCCAUUGCUCCUAUGACUGUGUAAAGACAUCCCUUUCUCCUAUGACUGUGUAAAAACUACCAUUGCUCUUUUGGACUGUGAAAGACUAAAAUUUCUCCCAUGACGUGUAAGACUAUCCCUUGCCUAUGCGGUAAAUAUACAUUGCUCUUUUGACUGUGUAAAGACAUCCAUUGUCCCAUGACGGUGUAAAGACUAUCCCUUUCUCCUAUGAUGUGUAAAGAUAUCCAUUUUCUCCUAUGACGUGUAAAGCUUCCAUUUCUCCUAGAUGGUAAAGGCUAUCAUUGUCCAUUUUGUUAAGGCCAGCCAUUUCCCAUGAGUGUAAAGAAUCCAUUGUCUUAUGACUGUGUAAAGAAUCCAUUUCCCUUUCUGUUUUAAAGGGAAUCAUUUCCCUAUGAUGUGUAAAAAAAUCCUUGCUCCCAUGACUGGGGUAAAGACAUCCCUUUCUCCCAUGACGUGUAAAGGCCCGCCAUUGCCCCAUGACUGUUUAAAAAAUAUCCAUUUCUCUAGAGGUAAAGACUACAUUUUCUUGAUGGUGUAAAGAUAUCCCUUGCUCCCAGAGUGUAAAAGAUAUCCAUUGCUCCUAUGACUGUGUAAAGGCCAGCCAUUGCUCAUAUGACUGUGUAAAGACUAUCCUUUGCUCCUAUGACUGUGUAAAGACUAUCCAUUGCUCCUAUGACUGUGUAAAGACAUCCAUUGCCUAGACUGUGUAAGGGCUAUCCAUUGCUCCUAUGUGUGCUUGUGUUUUGAGCUAGAAUACCGUCCUUCGUUCUCUGUAACAGAAAUGUGCUAAGUGCAUGAGUGUUCCAGACAACGAUAUAAGCACCAUGCCGUCCUUGCGGAGAGGGCUUCUGUGACGCUGUCUCCAUGAACGCCCUGUUCCAGAGAGGGGCUAGGGGGCUUCCCCCGUACGGGUCGUGAUGCCUGCUUCCAUAACCGGGGCAUCUCAGAAGGUAAGGACUUGUAUAUCUAACAUGAUGUUUCUACAUUAUCCUAUGAUGUCCCACUAGGUCUUUUAAAUAAUACUCUUAGAUUUAAUUUACAUUUAGUCAUUAGGCAGACGCUCUUAUCCAGAGCGACUUACAUUUAGUGAGUGCAUACAUCAUUUUUUAUACUGGCCCCCCAUGGGAAUCGAACCCACAACCCUGGCGUUGCAAACGCCAUGCUCUACCAACUGAGCUACAUCCCUGCCGGUCAUUCCCUCCCCUACCCUGGACGACGCUGAGCCAAUUGUGCGCCGCCCCAUGGGUCUCCCGGUCGCGGCCGGCUACGACAGAGCCUGGAUUCGAACCAGGAUCUCUAGUGGCACAGCUAGCACUGCGAUGCAGUGCCUUAGACCACUGCGCCACUCGGGAGAUAAACCUGGAUGCCAUAGGAACUAAGGCUGGGAAUUGCCAGGGACCUCACAGUACGAUAUUAUCAUGAUACUUACUGUAGGUGCCGAUACGAUACUGUAGUGUAUGGAUUGCGAUUCUAUACUGUGAUUUUAUCGCGAUUCAAUGUUCCAAACAUAUUGCUCACCAUAUGUCUGCAACAGAGAGACAAGAGAGAGCCAUGAGAAAAACAAGUUUUGAUCUGUCAGGGAAAUAAAAGGUGCAGGUACAUCCAACUAGCACAAAAAUAAUGUUGCAAUAUUGUCAAAACCAUUUAAUAUAUCGUCAAAAAUAAUAUCCCGAUAUUUAACUGUAUUGAUUUUUCCCCCAUCACUAAUAUGAACAUCAAAUUUAGUCGGGAAAUCGUGUUUCCUGCUCUUACUAUCUGAUUUACAUAUCUUAUAAAUUAAUAUGUGAAACAUAAAUCUGUGGUUGUUUUGUCCUUACUUCUUUCUGUGUGUGUGCGUGUGUGUGUGCGUGUGUGUUGUAGAGCUGCUGGAUGCAGCGUUGGAGGAGGAGGAGGGAGGGACACUCAGUAGGAGAGUAGGAGAGGCUGUUCAGAAUACACUAGGAGCUGUGGUCACCGCUACAUACAUCCCUCUGGGUGAGUACUGUAGUCUAGACGACUCUGUGGUCACCGCUACAUACAUCCCUCUGGGUGAGUACUGUAGUCUAGACUACUCUGUGGCCACCGCUACAUACAUCCCUCUGGGGUGAGUACUGUAGUCUAGACUACUCUGUGGUCACCGCUACAUACAUCCCUCUGGGUGAGUACUGUAGUCUAGAACGACUCUGUGGUCACCGCUACAUACAUCCCUCUGGGUGAGUACUGUAGUCUAGACUACUCUGUGGUCACCGCUACAUACAUCCCUCUGGGUGAGUACUGUAGUCUAGACGACUCUGUGGUCACCGCUACAUACAUCCCUUCUGGGUGGUACUGUAGCUAGACUACUCUGUGGUCACCGCUACAUACAAUCCCUCUGGGUGAGUACUGUAGUCUAGACGACUCUGUGGUCACCGCUACAUACAUCCCUCUGGGUGAGUACUGUAGUCUAGACUACUCUGUGGUCACCGCUACAUACAUCCCUCUGGGUGAGUACUGUAGUCUAGACGACUCUGUGGUCACCGCUACAUACAUCCCUCUGGGUGAGUACUGUAGUCUAGACUACUCUGUGGCCACCGCUACAUACAUCCCUCUGGGUGAGUACUGUAGUCUAGACUACUCUGUGGUCACCGCUACAUACAUCCCUCUGGGUGAGUAAUGUAGUCUAGACGACUCUGUGGUCACCGCUACAUACAUCCCUCUGGGUGAGUACUGUAGUCUAGACUACUCUGUGGUCACCGCUACAUACAUCCCUCUGGGUGAGUACUGUAGUCUAGACGACUCUGUGGUCACCGCUACAUACAUCCCUCUGGGUGAGUACUGUAGUCUAGACGACUCUGUGGUCACCGCUACAUACAUCCCUCUGGGUGAGUACUGUAGUCUAGACGACUCUGUGGUCACCGCUACAUACAUCCCUUCUGGGUGAGUACUGUAGUCUAGACUACUCUGUGGUCACCGCUACAUACAUCCCUCUGGGUGAGUACUGUAGUCUAGACGACUCUGUGGUCACCGCUACAUACAUCCCUCUGGGUGAGUACUGUAGUCUAGACUACUCUGUGGUCACCGCUACAUACAUCCCUCUGGGUGAGUACUGUAGUCUAGACGACUCUGUGGUCACCGCUACAUACAUCCCUCUGGGUGAGUACUGUAGUCUAGACGACUCUGUGGUCACCGCUACAUACAUCCCUCUGGGUGAGUACUGUAGUCUAGACUACUCUGUGGUCACCGCUACAUACAUCCCUCUGGGUGAGUACUGUAGUCUAGACGACUCUGUGGUCACCGCUACAUACAUCCCUCUGGGUGAGUACUGUAGUCUAGACGACUCUGUGGUCACCGGUCUGGAGAGAGUGGAUGUCCACACGUGUGUUCGUCUGUGCAUUCAUACUGCCAUCAGAUGGUAAUGGAGAAGUACUGCACUUCAUACUGCCAUCAGAUGGUAAUGGAGAAGUACUGCACUUCAUACUGCCAUCAGAUGGUAAUGGAGAAGUACUGCACUUCAUACUGCCAUCAGAUGGUAAUGGAGAAGUACUGCACUUCAUACUGCCAUCAGAUGGUAAUGGAGAAGUACUGCACAUGUAAACCAUUGUAGCUACAUCACAUCAUAUCAGAAUGGCAGUCUUUGGGUAGUGAUAGUCAAUAAGAAUGUAAUGUAAUGUCACUGCAUCAACAGUGUGUGUCUGUCCUCAGUAAGAGAUGUAAAGUCAAUAAGAUAUACAAGGCUUAAUAGAGGCUUAAAGAAUUUCAGAAAAUGUCCAUAAUACAUGCCCUGACGAAUUGAGGCUGUUCUGAGGGCAAAAGAGGGGGUGCAACUCAAUAUUAGGAAGUGUUUUGUACACCAAGUGUAUACACACUACCAGUCAAAGGUUUGGACACACCUACUCAUUCAAGGGUUUUUAUUUUAUUUUUGACUAUUUUUUACAUUGUAGAAUAAUAGUGAAGACAUCAAAACGAUGAAAUAACACAUAUGGAAUCAUGUAGUAACCAAAAAAGUGUUAAACAAAUAUAUAAUAUAUAUAUUUGAGAUUCUUCAAAUAGCCACCCUUUGCCUUGAUGACAGCUUUGCACACUCUUGGCAUUCUCUCAACCUGCUUCAUGAUGUAGUCACCUGGAAUGCAUUUAAAUUAACAGGUGUGCCUUCUUAAAAGAUCAUUUGUGGAAUUUCUUUCCUUCUUAAUGCGUUUGAGCCAAUCAGUUGUGUUGUGACAAAGUGGGGGGGGGGGGGGGGGGGGGGGGGGGGGGGUGGUAUACAGAAGAUAGCCCUAUUUGGUAAAAGACCAAGUCCAUAUUAUGGCAAGAACAGCUCAAAUAAGCAAAGAGAAAUGACAGUCCAUCAUUAAUUUAAAACAUGAAGAUCAGUCAAUAUAGAACAUUUCAAGAACUUUGAAAGUUUCUUCAAGUGCAGUCGCAAAAACCAUCAAGCGCUAUGAUUAAACUUGCUCUCAUGAGGAUCGCCACAGGAAUGGAAGACCCAGAGUUACCUCUGCUGCAGAGGAUAAGUGCAUUAGAGUUACCAGCCUCAGAAAUUGCAGCCCAAAUAAAUGCUUAACUGAGUUCAAGUCACAGACACAUCUCAACAUCAACUGUUCAGAGGGGACUCUGUGAAUCAGGCCUUCAUGGUCAAAUUGCUGCAAAGAAACCACUACUAAAGGACACCAAAAAGAAGAAGAGACCUGCUUGGGCCAAGAAACACGAGCAAUAGACAUUGGACCGGUGGAAAUGUGUCCUUUGGUCUGGAGUCCAAAUUUGAGAUUUUUGGUUCCAACCGCUGUGUCUUUGUGAGACGUGGUGUGGGUGAAUGGAUGAUCUCCGCAUGUGUAGUUCCCACCGUAAAGCAUGGAGGAGGAGGUGUUAUGGUGUGGGGGUGCUUUGCUGGUGACACUGUCUGUGAUUUAUUUAGAAUUCAAGGCACACUUAACCAGCAUGGCUACCACAGCAUUCUGCAGCGAUACGCCAUCCCAUCUGGUUUGGGCUUAGUGGGACUAUAAUUUGUUUUUCAACAGGACAAUGACCCAACACACCUCCAGGCUGUGUAAUGGCUAUUUUACCAAGAAGGAGAGUGAUGGAGUGCUGCAUCAGAUGACCUGGCCUCCACAAUCCCCCGACCUCAACCCAAUUGAGAUGGUUUGGGAUGAGUCGGACGGCAGAGUGAAGGAAAAGCAGCCAACAAGUGCUAAGCAUAUGUGGGAACUCCUUCAAGACUGUUGGAAAAGCAUUCCAGGUGAAGCUGGUUGAGAGAAUGCCAAGAGUGUGCAAAGCUGUCAUCAAGGCAACGGGUGGUUUGUUUAACACUUUUUUGGUUACUACAUGAUUCCAUAUGUGUUAUUUUAUAGUUUUGAUGUCUUCACUAUUAUUCUACAAUGUAGAAAAAAUAUAUAUUUUUAAAGAAAAACCCUUGAAUGACUGGUACUGUAUAUUAUGGACAUUUUCUGAAAUUACAAUGCAAUAAUUCUACAAAAAAAAUCCUAUGUCUAACACCUUUAAAGGAAAGGUUCACCCAUUUUGAAUGUUAUGUAGUUUUUGUGCAUCUCUGAGAGAUGUUCUAUCAAUUCCCCGGGGUCAUUUCAUAUUUGCAUGUGUAUCUGAGCUAUUGCUGUUCAAGCAGGAAGAGAUACAGCUGGUAUGAUGAGCUUUGCAUCAUAUGUGAUAUACAUCAUUCAAUAUAAACUGUGAUGGAUGGGUCACUUUGACAUAGCCAUAUGUCCUCGCAAAACUGUGACGUGACGUAUGUGUGUGUCUCUGUGUCCGUCUGUGUUUGCGUGCGUGCGUAUGUCCUCUCCGCUCCCCCUCUCUGGUCCUCUCCGCUCCUCCUCUCUGGUCCUCUCCGCUCCCCCUCUCUGGUCCUCUCCGCUCCCCCUCUCUGGUCCUCUCCGCUCCCCCUCUCUGGUCCUCUCCGCUCCCCCCUCUCUCGUCCUCUCCGCUCCCCCUCUCUGGUCCUCUCCGCUCCCCCUCUCUGGUCCUCUCCGCUCCCCCUCUCUGGUCCUCUCCGCUCCCCCUCUCUGGUCCUCUCCGCUCCCCCUCUCUGGUCCUCUCCGCUCCCCCUCUCUGGUCCUCUCCACUCCCCCUCUCUGGUCCUCUCCGCUCCCCUUCUCUCUGGUCCUCUCCGCUCCCCCUCUCUGGUCCUCUCCGCUCCCCCUCUCUGGUCCUCUCCGCUCCCCCUCUCUGGGCCUCUCCGCUCCCCCUCUCUGGGCCUCUCCGCUCCCCCUCUCUGGUCCUCUCCGCUCCCCCUCUCUGGUCCUCUCCGCUCCCCCUCUCUGGUCCUCUCCGCUCCCCCUCUCUGGUCCUCUCCGCUCCCCCUCUCCGGUCCUCUCCGCUCCCUCUCUCCGGUCCUCUCCGCUCCCCCUCUCUGGUCCUCUCCGCUCCCCCUCUCUGGUCCUCUCCGCUCCCCUUCUCUCCGGUCCUCUCCGCUCCCCUUCUCUCCAGGUCUGGUGAAGGAUGCAGCUCGUCCAGCCUACUGGGUUCCUGACCAGGACAUCCGGUGCUGCUGUGAGUGUCAGAGAGACUUCUCCAACCCGCGUCUCUCCAUCCACCACUGCAGGGCCUGCGGCCAGGGCGUGUGUGACGACUGCUCCCCUGAACGCAGAGCGGUGCCCUCUAGGGGCUGGGACCACCCGGUGCGCGUCUGUAACACCUGCCGCCAGAAACCUGGGGACCUCUAA